AUGGCGCGUGGGGCGCGCACUGCCGAGCUUGCCGCGCUGCUCCUGGCCGCUGCGCUCGUCGGGAGUGCAGCGGCGGCGUGGCACCAGUGCGUUGCUCAGGGCCUGUAUGGUGGCGCCUACGGCUACCAGGCGGUAGCGAACCUCUCCGAAUUCCGCCUUGGCCUGAUCAACUCCGUCUGGCCGUACACAAUCAACAAAUCCAAGGAGGACGUGCACAGCUGGAAGCGCUAUGACGCUUUUAACCCCUUCAUCGCAUGCCCCCCGAGCCAGCCGCUGCGCCGCGUGGGCUCCGAGGCGGACGGCGGGAAGAUCAUAUGCGACGUGUCCAAGCUGGCGCCGCCCUGCGUGAUCUACUCCCUAGGCAGCCAGGGGGACUUCACCUUUGAGAGAGACAUGCUCAAGCUCACCAAGUGCGAAAUCCACACCUUUGAUUGCACGUACGAAGGCGCGUCCAUAGACGAGCGCCACCACUACCACAAGACCUGCCUCGGGUUCCCCACGCAGCCGCUGUUUGAGGACUACGCGAGCAUUACUCAUCGGCUGGGCCACAACGUGGUCGACUUCCUCAAGAUCGACAUCGAGGGCCACGAGCCGAGCGUGCUGCAGUCGCUGGUGCUGAACCGCGGCCACCUGCCGCGCCAGAUCACGAUCGAGAUGCACAUGCGCAACGCGGUGGGGGCCAUCGCGCCCGUCGACACCAUCCAGAUGUCCAUCCUAUUCUAUCACAUGGCGCUCCUCGGAUACGGCAUCGUGAGCAGGGAGGACAACCUCUGGGGCGUGCGCGGCUGCUGCGCAGAAUUCACGUUCCUGCACGUGGAGCACACGCACAGGCACCACCACCGCGGCGGCCAGGCCCAGAAACGCGCGACGCCCGCCGGCUUGGCGGACGCGGCCGCCGCCCCUGGGGCAGUCGAGCUGCUGCCGUCGGCGUCGGCGUCGGCCGCGGCCGCGGCGGAGGACAUCCCUUGGGGCACGCCCGUCACCGUCACGGGGCCGACGCCGUCCCUGGGGUUCCCGGGGCUCAAGGAGCUGUCAGAUAAGGUCAGGGCAGACGACGCGACGGAGAGGGCAAAGGCCGUCGCCCUCAGCGGCGCGCCCGACGCUGGCCGCCGCCGCCGGCGGCGUCGCCUCCGGCGCUACCCGGGCCUUGGGCUGUUCGGCGGCGGUGGCAGUGGCGGGGGCGGCGGCGGUGGCGUGGACGGCAGGGGUGGUGGCGCCCGACGCAGGCUGCUGACCGGGUGGCAGGGUUCAUAUAAGUGGGCGGCGGUCGGCACGUGGGAGGCGCCGGCGGGGCAGGAGGCCGACGAGUAA